AUGUCGUACCGAUAUGUCGAUGAGAAGAAGCGUCCGCCGCCGAUUGCCAUUCCGAACCCGUUGCCACCUCCUCGGCCUCCUCCUGUCGCCGCGCCUACCGACCAGCAGAGCCAGCAAGACACCAGGAACGCGUCCAACUCGACUCGAAAAGGCCAGCGCUCUACCGACACUACCCCGCUAGUGUCACCUGUAGAGUCGCAUCCUCCAACUUCGGGUUCAGGCAGGAGCCGCAACGCCAUGGCCACGUUUACCAAUUUGAUCGACCAGGCACGUGUCUCAUCUCCUCGUAAGUCAGGAUCUUGGGCAGGUAGCAAUGUUGGUUCAACGGCACGCUCGAGGCAGUCAGGACGCAGUCAACAUGAUGCAGCAGCAGCGCAAGCCCGGCUUGAAGCUCUCGACGAAGAGACGGCUAGGGGAAAGAUGGAAUCUCGAGCAGAGAAGAACCUGUUCAAAUUGACAGGUCAAAUUCCCCCUACACCGACAUUCGCAGACGAGGAUGACGUCUACAUCAGGACUCAAGACUUGCGACAACAGUGCCGAAUUGCUAGUGAAGAACAGCUGCCAGACCGUGACGAGCCACCCAAGAGUCCCAAGAGGAAACUUUUCCAGAACCUCCGUAACACUUUCUCGAAAUCUUCCAGUGCCGCACCGAUACCAGUAAUGCCAAACAAAGCAGCACAGAUCUUUGGGACAGUAGCACGACAGGGUCGCACCAUUCCAGUUCGGCCUAUCAAGCCAGCGCGCCCAAAAGAGACAACGCCUACGAGGGUUUCGCGAUCCGGCACAGCAAAUUCGCCUCCCGCAAAGAUCGUUAAUCCUGAUAGCUACGCUCAUCGCCAUCGCAGUGGAUCAUCGCGUCGUAAUUGCUCUAGUGGCCGUGGCUCAUCUGGCAAAGGUGGCCCGAGGAAGCAGUCUUCUGAUAUAGAGGAUACGCCUCCAACAUUCAGAGUCAACGCAUCGUUCGACUCCCUCAGCCCGCCUCCACCACCGGCAAAGGAUACUCCUCCAGCAGCUCAGAGGCCCGCCAGCCCGCUUCGUAGGGCUGCGCCAGCGGGCGAUCUUCGUGGGAGCUACUCUACAUUCACCGAUGACAUUGGAACUGUGCGGUUCCCUGAAUUUGAUCUGUCGCCUUUUCCUUCGACCGGUGUUUUGCCUGAAGAUGGUAGCUCGUGUCCCACAAAGUUCCGUCCGUAUACUGCAGAGGAUUACUCCAAGCUUAUAGAAGGCGAAGCCAUGCAAUGGCCCUAUCCUGACCGUAACGACUCGCUAAGCAAUGCCAAAUGCAAACACUCCGCUCUUUUGGCAGGUGCGAACCUCAGCGUGUUGCAGCUUCCUCAUCCUGACCGCAGAAGUGAGGAGCAUCCGACUGCAGCGCUAGACGACGACAAUAACACCGCAUACACGUACAGCCCUCUCCGGCCGCGCUUCUACUCUCCAUCCCAUCUUUCUGCUCGCGGUUUCGCUGAAGGUGAAACUCCAUCUAAGAAUUCUGAUACCACCCGUCUUCUCUACUCACUACCCGGAAGAUCGCUAUCGCUCCUCCAUAUUCACGAAGAAUCAAGCGACGGCUCAGUCAAGAUGAUCUUUCAGGGAGAUCGCCAAGACAUUGAUGCAAACUCCCCGACGGCGCAUGAGCUGACCGAAAACGAGCAGCGCAACCUGGCAGGUGAUCGGCGCUCCGACGUUGGCAUCACGUCUCGUGUCAUGCAAGAGCUACAUAUUGGAGAGGAGAAUGGAAACUCAGCUCAGAAGAACGGCAACUUCGCCCCAAUCCAACCUGAUCAGUCCUCCUCAAGGCUUACGGACAUGCUCAAUACUGUCAGCCCAGGUCGAAGCGAAUCUCAUGGCGAGUUCAAUCCUUACUGCCCUAGCGCCGUUCCUAGCCCGCUACACAAGGUUUCUAAUCCUCAGGUCUUAGCGCGUUCGAUCAUGCCUUCCAACAGAUCAUAUGGUGCUUUUCCUCCAUUGUUUCCGCCCAAAACCAUCGAUGACCACUUCUUCAUGACCAAUGAGCACCUCGACGUCGUGGGCAAAACCACUUGGGAUCUUCUCGAGACGUUUAAUAAGCAGCAGAAGAAUACUUCGAAGGCGAGGCAGGAAGAGAUGUUAGCAUUGAUCAACACCCGCUUUGAGCAACUCUCAUCUCAUCUGGACACUUUCAAAGAGACCGCCAAACGCGUGGAGGACUGCCUAGGCCGCACAGAUGGUAUGACAGACAAUCAGCACAACAUCUAUGCUAGCAUCAGCAGCGUGUCCGAGUGCAUCAAGGAGACCAUCCCGAAGGCUCUUGCCGAGCAAGAUCAGAAGAUGGCAAGCAUAGAGGCAGAGAUGAGGGAUAUGAAGCAGAUCAUCCAAGCUCUGCAGAAGUCGGCAGAGCAGAAGGCGACCGAGGCCAAGGCCGUUCAGCAGAGUACUACUGGCCAGGUUAACGCUGGAAAUAUCCCUCAGCCCCCGUUCUCCUUACACAACCCGCGCUCUCAGCAUUCGCUUCCGAGCUACUAUGGUGGUAAUACUGAGGUUAUCCGCGAUGGCCAUCCGGCAAUGCCGCAAAGCAUGGCAUCUCUCCAGGACAGUCAAAAUGACCCUCGGCUUGGCUAUCAGAACGGUCAGCAGUGGGCUUCGCGUGCUGGCUAUGGUGGCCGCAACAGCAAGGAAGAGCGUCCGUCGUACCCCACAAACCCUUACCUUCACAACAUCGGAGGGCAGUACAACAACGGCUAUGGCGGCAGCUAUUCGUCCUACGACUACUCUCCCAACUCUCUCAGCCCUCCCAACCAGCACUUCGUGUUCAAUAACCAGGGCGACCAGGGUCUGGCGAAGUGA